AUGUUCUCGUUUAAGGCUGUCCUAGGUCUUUGUGCUCUCCUCCCGUCAGUCCUCGCACAGGCGGCAGUGUUCGGCCAGUGUGGAGGCCAAGGCUUCACAGGCCCCACGACAUGCGCAUCCGGCUCUACUUGCGUUGAACAGAACGCUUUCUUCUCCCAGUGCCUGCCCAGCGCAUCCGCUCCGCCCACGACCACGGUCGCUGCGCCCCCUCCCAGCGGCGCGGCGCCGACAGAUCUCAGCGCUAUUCCGGCGUCGACGCUGCACCAGAUCACCAACUUCGGCACGAACCCCAAUAAUGUGGGCAUGUUCGUGUACAAGCCCAAGAAGCUGCAGGCGAAGCCGCCCCUGAUCGUCGCAAGCCACUUCUGCACAGGUACUGCACAGAUCUACUUCCAGGGUUCGAAGUUCGCGCAACUCGCCGAGACUUUCGGUUACUUGGUCAUCUUCCCCUCAUCGCCUCAUCCCGACUUGUGCUGGGACGUCUCCUCUGCUCAGACUCUUAUGCACAAUGGCGGCAGCGAUUCGCUCAGUAUCGCUAACGUCGCACGCUUUGCUCUCGCUAAUUGGGGCGUCGACCCGAACCGUGUCUUCGCCGUCGGCACGUCCUCGGGCGCGAUGAUGACCAGCGUGCUCGCCGGUGCGUACCCGGAUAUCUUCAAGGCUGGAAUCGUGGACUCCGGCGUCGCCUUCGGUUGCUUCGCUUCAUCAGGGCCUCUGGAUACCUUCAACGAGGUCUGUGCGUCUGGAAACGUCAUCAUGACGGGCCAGCAAUGGGCUCAGAAGGUCUUCAACGCAUUCCCGGGCUUCACCGGUACUCGCCCGAAGAUCCAGACCUGGCAUGGAACAGCCGACACCACCGUGUUCCCGCAGAACUUCUUCGAACAAAUCAAACAAUGGACGACCGUGUUUGGCCUGCCGAGCACGCCCGUGUCGAACGUCAGCGAGUCGUUCCUUCCGAAGGGCUACUCGAACGCCACGUUUGGCCCGCAGUUCCAGGCUAUCCUCGCACAGGGCGUCGGCCACACCGUUCCGCUCUUCGAGCAGCAGUACCUCCAGUUCUUCGGCAUCGCAUGA